AUGAAUUAUAUUCCAAAGAAACAAGUGCUCUUUUACUCCGACGCAGCAAGCCAAUCAGCAAGGGAAAGGAUAAAUCUUGGAAAGACCAAGGACAUGGAUAAGGUCGUUGAAAUGUUAAGGACCUGGUUGGAUAAACAGCCUCAUAUCGUCAUGAAAAAUUUUAGUAGAAAUUACUUAGAGAUGUGUAUACUGGGCGCAAAAGGAUCCACAGAACGCGCGAAGACUUUACUUGAUAGAAUAUGCACAUUUAGGACUCUCAUGCCUAAAUAUUUUGAGCCUGUAAACGUGAGUGAAGACUUCAAAGAGCUAUUUGAAAUUGUCACUCCCGUUACCUUGCCGAAGUAUUCAAAAGACCUGUAUCGAGUAAUUGUCAUGAAAUUUUGGGGAGAUGUCAAAAAUUCGUCACAAAUAUCACAUCUACAUAGAAAUUCGCUUUUAAUGAUUGAACAUAUGAUGCAAACGGAUUCCGUUUCCGGAUGCCAUAUAUGCGUAGACCUUUCCGAGACAAACAUUCUGGAAAUAGUCACCAAACAGAACCCUUUCGAAUUGAAAGAUGUCGCUACUAUAACUAUGGAAGCUUACGGAAUGCAAGUUAAAGGGAUACACCUGAUAUCGACGUCAAAGCUUAUAAAUUCUUUUAUUUCUCUAAUCAAACAAGUACUGAAGCCUAAAAUGGUAAGCAGAAUUCACGUUUACAAGUCUUGGACAGAAUUGCACGAUAUACUUGGUAAAGAUGUGCUGCCGGAGGAAUUUGGUGGAAACGAAAAAUCUAUUAAGGAUAUUCACGCUGAUUGGCUGAAUGAAUUAUCGUCCGAAGAAUUUAUAAACUACCUUCGUGAACGAACUAAGGCCUGUACAGACGAGUCGCGCAGACCAGAACUCAAAUUUAACGAAGAAUAUGCUGGAACGCCUGGCUCAUUUCGAGUUUUAAGUUUGGACUGA